CAGGGGGCUUCCCACUGAGUGCUGGAGGGGCAGGCCUGGCCACGCUGGCACAAAUACUCAGGGAGCAAGGCCCUCCCAGUUGUAAUAUCUGACAAGGCCAUGACAUCUGGAAGACGGGGAGGCGUCCCCCACAAAGCCCAGCACCCCCAGGUGUGGGGGACAGCCUGGGGACAGAACUGAGCCCCCAGAGGCUUCCAUGCUGCCAUUUGCAGCACGGGGAGCAUUUCCGCCUAGAAAUCUUCGAGGGCUGCAACUUCACGGGCCAGCGCCUAGAACUCCAGGAUGACUGCCCCUUCCUUCAGAGUCGGGGCUGGACCGACUGUGUCAACGCUGUCAAAGUGUACGGGGACGGAGCGGCACGAGAGCUACGUGACCUUCUGCCAGCUGGAGGAUGAGGCUGCCUUCACGUGCAGCGCCGACCGCACCAUCAGGAAGUGGGACGUGCUCAACGGGCAGUGCCUGCAGGUGUUCCGAGGACACACAUCCAUUGUGAACAGGAUCCUGGUUGCCAAGAACCAGCUCUUCAGCAGCUCCUAUGACCGGACAGCUCGUGCCUGGAGUAUAGACAAGGGUCAGGUGUCCCGGGAGUUCCGGGGCCACCGCAACUGUGUGCUGACCCUAGCCUAUUCUGCCCCCUGGGACCUCCCUAGGGCUCCCUGCUCAGAGGAGGCCGUGGCCGGGGGGCUCCUGGUGACGGGCAGCACAGAUGGCACGGCCAAGGUGUGGCAGGUGGCCAGUGGCUGCUGCCACCAGACGCUGCGGGGCCACAAGGGCGCGGUGCUCUGCCUUGCGCUAGACACGCCAGGCCACACGGCCUUUACCGGCAGCACCGACGGCACCAUCCGCUCCUGGGACAUCCUGAGCGGGGAGCAGCUGCGGGUCUUCCAGGAGCACCAGGGCUCCGUCAUCUGCCUGGAGCUCGUGAACCAGCACGUGUACUCAGGCAGUGCCGACAGGACAGUGAAGUGCUGGGUGGCAGACACAGGGGAGCCCGUGCGCACGUUCACGGCCCACAGGCACAGUGUCAGCGCCCUCAAGUACCAUGCAGGCACCCUGUUCACCGGCUGCGGGGACGCCCGCGCGCGCGCCUUCGACGCCCAGUCCGGGGCGCUGCAGAGGGUGUUCCGCGGCCACGCCUUCGUCAUCAACUGCAUCCAGGUAGGCCGUCGGCAUCCCGGGAGCAGCGCUGCCCGGAGCGCGGGGGCCCCCGUCCCACGUGAGGAUGGAGGCCCCUGGGCUGGGAGAACGCCACCAGACGGCCCAGGUGUUGCCGUUCCAGCCGAUGCCCGGCCAGGCCGCCGUGCCAGGGGACGGAGUGGAGGGGCGGCGGGGCAGCGGGGUGGGCUCCUACGUCUGUGCCCGCAGGUACACGGCCAGGUGCUCUACACCGCCUCGCACGACGGCGCGCUGCGCCUCUGGGACGUCCGCGGGCUGCCGGCCCCGCGCCCAGUUGGCCCCAAGCGCAGUCUCUCCCGCCUCUUCAGCAACAAGGUGGGCUGCGCCGACGCCGCGCCCCUGCAGCCGGCCUGAGCCCAUCCACCCGCGGACGCGGACCCCCGCCCGCCCGGACGGCCUGCCUGCCUGCAGGUGGAGGAAGCCUGUGCCCUCGGGCACCGCGGCCCCAGCCCGCCCCUUCCGCCAGGCCCAGCUCACCGGGCUCAUC